GGCGAGGACAGUCCGCGACACGCGGCGGAAUAUAUGAGUAAAGCUGCAAGACUGUUGGUGAAACUCCAGAUGUAUGACGAGGCGGCGGACGCAAUACGUCGCGAAAUUGGCAUGUAUCAGGAUAUCAAAUAUUAUCAGUCACUUGGAAGGCUCACUGUGGCAUUGGUAUUGGUGCAAUUGGCGCGAGGUGAUCAAGUUGCGGCCGAGAAGGCCUUCAAAGAAUGGGGUAACUUCUGCGAGGCCCCCGAAGUGCAAACGUUGGAGAUACUGCUGCAGGCAUAUGAUAACGAGGACGCAGAUGCAGCUCGGGCGGCCCUUAAUAGUCCCUUUAUCAAGCACAUGGACGUGGAAUACGCCAAGCUAGCACGAGGUUUACCUUUACCACAACAGGAAUACGCUAUCCCGCCUGCUGGUGUAAGAGCCAACGCCGCGGAAUCCUAUGUUUCUCCCAAUGCGUCCAAGGUCACUGGACAGGCUACCGUCGAAGCGGAAGUUAACCACACGAAGAACGAAGUCAGUGAAACUAGCCAAUCAACAGAAAAGAUGGUUGAGAAGAAGUCGGAAGUUGCACCACCGCCGAAACCGACACAGAAGCGGGAAGAAGAUGACUACGAGGAAGGCCUAUGCUAAUCAUCUUUACAUGUAAAAAAAACCCUGCUAUAUUGCUUAUAAACUUUUAACCAUGUAACGCUUGCAUGUAUAUUGAGCGUUUCGUCGAAAGCACAUUAUUCGCUUCAAAAGAAUUUAUCUUUCAGCUUAA